CCCCGGUCACGCGGGGUCCGGGUGGUGACGCUCUCGCGAGAGCUGCGGGUGUAUGUGGGCAGUGCGGGCGGAAGUGCGGCCCUUUCCGGCGACGCCGAGGCCCGAGCAGGAUGAAGCUCAACAUCUCCUUCCCAGCCACUGGCUGCCAGAAGCUCAUUGAAGUGGAUGAUGAGCGCAAGCUGCGAACGUUCUAUGAGAAACGGAUGGCCACGGAGGUCUUGGCUGAUUCCCUUGGUGAGGAGUGGAAGGGAUAUGUUGUCCGGAUCAGCGGUGGCAACGACAAGCAAGGCUUCCCCAUGAAGCAGGGUGUCCUGACUCAUGGACGUGUCCGCCUUUUGCUCAGCAAGGGCCAUUCCUGCUACCGCCCCAGAAGGACUGGAGAGAGGAAGCGCAAAUCUGUUCGCGGCUGCAUCGUUGAUGCCAACCUGAGUGUCCUGAACUUGGUCAUAGUGAAAAAGGGUGAAAAGGACAUUCCUGGGCUGACGGACACAACUGUGCCCCGUCGUCUUGGUCCCAAGAGGGCGAGCAGGAUCCGAAAGCUGUUCAACCUGUCUAAGGAGGAUGAUGUUCGCCAGUAUGUUGUGAGGAAGCCUCUGAACAAAGAGGGCAAGAAGCCCAGAACCAAGGCUCCUAAGAUCCAGCGGCUGGUGACUCCUCGAGUGCUGCAGCACAAGCGCAGACGCAUUGCUCUGAAGAAGCAGCGUACUCAGAAGAACAAGGAGGAGGCAGCAGAAUAUGCAAAGCUCUUGGCCAAGAGAAUGAAGGAAGCCAAGGAGAAACGCCAGGAGCAGAUUGCAAAGAGACGCCGGCUUUCUUCAUUGAGAGCUUCUACAUCUAAGUCUGAAUCAAGUCAGAAGUAAAGAUGUACAUGAUAUUAAAAAUAAACCCUUUUUCUCGUUAA